AUGUUUUUCUCUCAGGAGCGAACUCACUUCGUCCGUGCGGCAGAGCUCAACCAGGAGCCUCCGAAAGGCAAGCCUUACUCUGUCCCUGUUCCCGGCACCAAGAAGGACGGACGCAGCCCGAUAUACCGUGCUUGGAAUACACCGGACGAACUGGUGAAAACACUGGACCCCAAAGUCACCACUGCACACGAGAUAUUCGAGUCCACAGCGAACCAUUCCUCCAAGUCCGAUUGUCUCGGAUGGCGCCCAUAUGAUCCGGUGAAAAAGACAUGGGGUCAGUAUCAAUGGAUGAGUUAUGCCACGGUCCAAAAACGGCGCACUGAAUUUGGUUCCGGGUUGGUUGAAUUACAUCACAAGCACAAUUGUGCGCACCCUGGGCAGUAUGGUGUUGGCCUUUGGUGUCAGAAUCGCCCGGAGUGGCAAAUUACAGACCUGGCAUGUAUGUCUCAGAGUUUAUACUCGGUCUCGAUCUACGAUGUGCUCGCCGCCGAUGCCACCGAAUAUAUCAUCAACCAUGCCGAAUUGAGCUGUGUUGUGGCUUCUCUACCUCAUAUUCCUACACUUAUCAAGCUGAAACCGGUUUUGCCGAAUCUGAAAAUCAUCGUGAGCUUGGACUCACUCGAUGCGGGCGAGCAGGCGGGCCACUCCAAGCGCGCGCUUCUAGAGUCUAUGGCUGCCGACCAUGAUCUGACGAUCUACAGCAUGGAAGAAGUUGAGAUCUUGGGCGCUGCCGCUAACCGUCCUUGUAACCCCCCGAAACCCUCCGACAUCGUCACUAUCAAUUAUACUUCUGGUACUACUGGUGCUCCCAAGGGUGUGGUCCUGACCCAUGAGAACGCAGUAGCAGCCACCACUGGUGCAUUGGUGGCCAUACCUCAGGCGCGAAAUGAUACCUUUCCGUCGUAUCUUCCGUUGGCUCAUAUCUUUGAGCGUCUCAUCGAACACGCGGCUCUUUGGUCCGGCGCUCGCAUUGGUUACUUCCAUGGAAACGUUCUCGAACUUGUUGACGAUCUCAAGUUGCUCAAGCCCACUGGGUUUGUCUCUGUCCCUCGUCUAUACAGCCGUUUUGGAAGCGCUAUCCGCGCCGCGACCAUCGAAGCCCCUGGAUUCCGAGGAACUAUGUCCAAACACAUCGUUUCCGCCAAGACCGCAAACUUGAAAAACCCGGAUCCCAGCAAAGCUACCGUGAAGCACGCUCUGUACGACCGGAUCUGGGCCAAGAAGGUUGCCGCGGCCAUCGGACUUGAAAAUGUAAAGACAAUGGUCUCCGGUUCUGCGCCCUUGGAUCCGUCCCUGCACAACUUUAUGCGAGUGGCCAUUGGCGCCGAUUUCUCCCAGGGUUAUGGUUUGACCGAAACUUAUGCCAUGGCAUCCGCGCAGUCUUCCAGGGAUAUUUCUUCUGGAAACUGUGGACGCGUCGCCCCUUGCACAGAGGUGUGCCUGCUGUCUCUGCCAGACAUGGAAUACUCAGUUGAUGACAAACCUUUCCCUCGUGGCGAGCUCCUCCUUCGUGGCCCCAAUGUAUUCAAGGAGUACUUGAAGAAUCCCGAAGAGACGGCCAAGGCUGUCACCGAGGACGGGUGGUUUCAGACGGGUGACGUCGCCAAGAUCGAUGAUAAGGGCCGUAUCAUCAUUAUUGACCGUCGUAAGAACGUUCUCAAGCUAGCGCAGGGAGAGUACAUCUCGCCUGAGCGACUGGAAGGCAUCAUCAUGUCGGAGUUGGGAUAUUUCGCGCAGGCCUACGUGCACGGCGACAGCGUGCAGACCUUCUUGGUCGGUAUCUUUGGUGUGCAGCCCGAUAUGUUUGCUACAUUUGCCUCCAAGGUACUUGGUCGGACCAUCGAGCCCACCGAUAUCGCAACUAUCCAGUCGGUCUUGCAAGAUGGCAAAAUCAAGAAAGCGGUGCAGAAGGACCUCGAUCGUGUCGCGAAGAAACACAAGCUCGCGGGGUACGAGAGAGUAAGGAACUGCUCUCUGAUGGUCGAACCUUUCUCAGUAGAGAAUAACCUACUGACACCAACUCUCAAACUCAAGCGUCCUCCUGUUGUAAAGAAGUAUCGCCAGCUUCUGGACCAGUUAUACGAGGAUGCUAACAAUGAGCAAUCUGCACCUAAAGCUAAGUUGUAA